GCCUGCUUGAUACGUCCGCCAUUUUGGGCGCUUCGCUGAUGGUGUCGGUGAGCGCGUUUCCCGCCUGAGCGCAACUAGCGGCGAGUCGCGGGCACCUCCAGGUGGACGGAAUGAGUCCUUGGAUGUACCUGUGUGUCCUGACGUUUCAACCUCGGAGCUUCGUGUAAUUUUCUCGGUGGUACAGGAUGGCUAGAGUGGCCUGGAAUUGUGUACUUCCCUUUCCUCAUGCGGAAGGUUAGAGGGGGCUGGAGUUGGAUAUUUCCCUUCCUCCAGGGGAACUUCUGUUUCAUGUGCACCAUCCCGCUUUAUUCUGCUAAUCUGCUAAUGCAGUAAAUUGGAAGACAACCGUUGCCAGGAUAACCUGUAAUGGGCAAGGAGCCACAGAAAAGAAAACAUUUCUUUUAAUUUUUAAACUUGGUUUGAAAGAGCAGCAUGUUUUGGAAAUUUGAUCUUCACUCAUCAUCCCACAUAGACACACUUCUAGAAAGAGAAGAUGUAACACUGAAGGAGUUGAUGGAUGAGGAAGAUGUUUUACAAGAAUGUAAAGCUCAGAACCGCAAACUUAUAGAGUUCCUGUUAAAAGCAGAAUGUCUCGAAGAUUUAGUCUCAUUCAUUAUUGAAGAACCACCUCAAGACAUGGAUGAAAAGAUCAGAUACAAGUAUCCAAAUAUAUCUUGUGAGUUGCUCACUUCUGAUGUCUCCCAGAUGAAUGAUAGACUGGGAGAAGAUGAAUCCUUGCUAAUGAAAUUGUAUAGCUUCCUCCUAAACGAUUCCCCCUUGAACCCACUACUUGCCAGUUUCUUCAGCAAGGUGCUAAGUAUUCUUAUCAGCAGAAAACCAGAACAGAUUGUGGAUUUCCUAAAGAAGAAACGUGACUUUGUGGACCUUAUUAUGAAGCACAUAGGAACAUCGGCCAUCAUGGACUUGUUGCUCAGGCUCCUGACGUGCAUUGAGCCCCCACAGCCCAGGCAGGAUGUGCUGAAUUGGUUAAAUGAGGAGAAAAUUAUCCAGAGGCUUGUGGAAAUAGUUCAUCCAUCGCAAGAAGAAGAUCGGCAUUCAAAUGCAUCACAGUCACUUUGUGAAAUUGUUCGCCUGAGCAGAGACCAGAUGUUACAAAUUCAGAACAGUACAGAACCAGACCCCCUGCUUGCCACUCUAGAAAAGCAAGAAAUCAUAGAGCAGCUCCUAUCAAAUAUUUUCCACAAGGAGAAGAAUGAAUCGGCCAUAGUCAGCGCAGUCCAGAUAUUGUUGGCUUUACUUGAGACACGGCGACCAACAUUUGAAGGCCAUAUAGAGAUCUGCCCACCAGGCAUGAGUCAUUCAGCUUGUUUGGUCAACAAGAGCGUUCUAGAAGCCAUCCGAGGAAGACUUGGAUCUUUUCAUGAACUCCUGCUUGAGCCACCCAAGAAAAGUGUGAUGAAGACUACAUGGGGCGUGCUGGACCCUCCCGUGGGGAACACCCGGUUGAAUGUGAUUAGGUUGAUAUCCAGCCUCCUCCAAACAAAUACCAGCAGUAUCAACGGGGACCUUAUGGAGCUGAAUAGCAUUGGGGUCAUAUUGGACAUGUUCUUCAAAUACACGUGGAAUAACUUUUUACACACACAAGUGGAAAUCUGUAUUGCACUGAUUCUUGCAAGUCCUUUUGAAAACACAGAAAAUAGCACAAUUACUGAUCAAGACUCCACUGGUGACAAUUUGUUAUUGAAACAUCUCUUUCAAAAAUGUCAAUUGAUAGAACGAAUACUUGACGCCUGGGAAAUGAACGAGAAGAAACAAGCCGAAGGAGGAAGACGGCAUGGCUACAUGGGACACCUGACCAGGAUAGCCAACUGCAUCGUGCACAGCACCGAUAAGGGCCCCAACAGCGCCUUAGUACAGCAGCUCAUCAAAGAUCUUCCAGACGAAGUCAGGGAGCGAUGGGAGACGUUCUGCACAAGCUCCUUAGGAGAAACUAACAAGAGGAACACGGUAGAUCUAGCCUUUUCUGAUUAUCAGAUGCAACAAAUGACGUCCAAUUUUAUUGACCAGUUUGGCUUCAACGAUGAGAAGUUUGCAGAUCAAGAUGACAUUGGCAAUGUUUCUUUUGAUCGGGUAUCAGACAUCAACUUCACUCUCAACACAAAUGAAAGUGGAAAUAUUGCCUUGUUUGAAGCAUGUUGUAAGGAAAGAAUACAGCAGUUUGAUGAUGGUGGCUCUGAUGAGGAAGAUAUCUGGGAGGAAAAACACAUUGCAUUUACACCAGAAUCCCAAAGACGGUCAAGCUCGGGGAGUACAGACAGUGAGGAAAGUACAGACUCUGAAGAAGAAGAUGGAGCAAAACAAGACUUGUUUGAAUCCAGUAGCGCCAACACAGAGGAUAAAAUGGAGGUAGACCUGAAUGAACCGCCCAGCUGGUCAGCCAGCUUUGAUGUCCCCAUGGAGACAACGCACGGUGCUCCCUUAGACUCUGUGGGCUCUGACGUCUGGAGCACAGAGGAGCCAGUGCCGACUAAGGAGACAGGCUGGGCUUCUUUUUCCGAGUUCGCGUCUUCCCUGAGUACAAAAGACUCUUUAAGGAGCAGUUCUCCAGUGGAAAUGGAGACCAGCACGGAGCCAGUGGGCCCGCUGGCGCCCAGUGUGGCUGCGCUGGCAGUGCAGCCGGAAGCGCCAGGCAGUGUGGCCAUGGAAGCCAGCUCUGAUGGAGAGGAGGAUGCAGAAAGUACAGACAAGGUAACUGAGACAGUGAUGAAUGGCGGCGUGAAGGAAACUCUGAGCCUCACUGUGGACGCCAAGACAGAAACCGCGGUCUUCAAAAGUGAGGAAGGAAAACUGUCUACCUCUCAAGAUGCUGCUUGUAAAGAUGUGGCGGAGAGCCUGGAGACGGCAGAGGGGAAGUCUGCAGCCCCCCGGCCCCCCAGCAGCAGCCCAGAGCAGAGGACUGAGCAGUCGAGCAUGCCGGGCGAUGCGGCGGUUAACGGCCCCGUAUGAUGAGCGAGCUCCGCUGCCGCUGCUGCUGCUGCUGACCGGGGACCGCAGGCGCCACCGUGCGGGGUCCGGGGCUGCGUCGGGAGCCCGCCGAGCCACCGCUGCUGCACUCACUCUGCAAGGGAUCAGGACCAGCAACCUUUAUAUUCUAGAGUCUAAGACGUUGUACAGAGAAACCCAGAAGUGUACAAAUAUUGCACAUUGACAGAUACCAAGAAUUUUUGCGUAUGUUUAUAUUGUAUUGUUCUAAAUAAUGGGUAGCCUGUGAAAUAAGAUCUUGCCACCCAUGUAAUAAUAGUAGUAAUACUAUAGUUAAAAUGGCUGUAAGAAUAGUUUUAUAAAAGUGAAUACACAGAUCUAUUGUAUUUGAAACAUAACUAUUUGACAAUUAUUAGUGUGACCAAAGUAUUAGGCAGUUUUCAUACAUUUUUCACCUUGUACAAAGUUCUGAAUUCAUUUUUCUUCCAGGUUGGCGAGGAGUUAUAGGAUUGAGAUGCCCUCUAAGUGUUAUUUUGGUUGUUCUAACUUACAAAAGUGAUUUUGAAUAAGAAAUACUUGGUGUUCUUUUUAUAACCAGUUUUUGAUUGGUAACUGUUUUCUGUAUUGUUUAAAGCGGAUCAAAAAAUGUAAGUCUAUUGGUAGAGAUUAAGUAUUUAUUGCUACAACUUAGUUGAUAAAUUGAUGUUAUUGUAAAGCCAUAUGUUCUGUUAAAGUCUUGUUUGCUUGAACUGAUUAUCCCUACAGGUGAAACACUAGAAUAUUUGGAGUGUACAUGGCUUGUGGUUUGGGGGUUUCUUUGUUUUUGUUUUUUGUUUUGUUUUGGUUGUUCAUCUGCCUUUUAACCCAUUCACCAAAAUUUACCUUGUUAACAAGCAACACCAAUGAAAGUUUCAGAGCAAUCUGCGUAUCUCACAUACCUAAAUCAUAUUAGGCAAGUCAGUGGAAAAAUGCUCGUGCUGCUAAUGGAAUUAGAGUGCGUUCAUUUUACAGGCUAGUGUUUUUAAACUAGAAAUCAAAAUCCGGCACCUGAGCAUGUUAAUUGUUUUACUGUACCUUGUGAGGUUUUCACUCGUAAAUUCUAAACCAGUGUAUUUUUUUUUAAGAACUGGUUUGUGUACAUAUAUAGUGAUUAUGGAUACUAAUUCAGUGUAAUUUAUAAUUUUCUAUGUCAGUAUAAAAAUACAUCACAGCCUUCUCAAACAGCUGAAGCAAUAUAUUGUAUAUUGCCAUAUUGUCUGGUGAAAGGGUUAAAUUACUUCACCUCCUGCACUUUUAGAUGCAAAUCAGUUUUUCAUUUCUGUAAUAGAAAAUUAUUCACGUAUUUUUACAUCAUUUGUUUUUCCUGACCAGUAUUUAAAACCAAAAGGAUAUUCUGAAAAAUGGCCAACGAUUUUUUUUAGAAGUAGCAUCCCAAGCAGCGUGCCUAAACGUUACAUUGCGUGUGGAAAUAAAACAUCAAAUGUCUAAUGCCUUAUUUCUGAUUUACUUUUCCAUUGUAAAUGGUGUGGAAACCUUUCAUGAGGUUUCCCGAGGCAGACCUAGCCCUCAAGGACAGUGGAGUCGGCAGUGCCCCUGGGACAGACGGCAGGGCUGCUGUGCCUGGCCUUUGCGCGCCUCCUCAGGGACCCUUUCUGUUGGGAGCUCCUCUCAGAAGACACUGUCCUCGGGUGCUCUCCCCAGGACUCUAGCACUGCCAGAGGACAGGGCGCCCUUCGCUUGUCUCAAGGAUGCUGACUGAUGCGGCCCGGACCUCGGGGACUGUGGAAGGACGGCACGCUCUUGUCUCGCCUGGUGGAGAGCUUUGUGGGCACCGACUUGGCUCCAGGGGUGCACGCGCUGCCCCUGUACCGUCUGGAUUUGCUUGGCUUCUCCAUCCCACCCAAGGUAAACACGGUGUCUUAUUUCAUCCCACCCACUGCUGAUGAAAGGGCACUCAGGGUUUCUCCUUGGGGUGGUGUUUUGUUCUGCUCCACUCGCGUGGCAGGGAGGGGGCACGGGUGGGCAGCACAAAGGCUGUUGGGGGUGGGAGGGUGUCAGCCCCGGGGGCAGGAGCGAGCACAAGCUCACUGAGUUUCUACUUUCAUUUCUGUGGGUUGGCCAUACUGAAUGCGAGACUAACAGAUGUCUACUACACCAUACCUGUAUUAAAAAACGACAACAAAAUAAAGCCUGAUUCUUUGUUUCUAGAA